AUGUCUGCGAAGAUCUACUACGACAUCGACGCGAACCUUGAUGUCCUCAAGGACAAGACUAUCAUGUUCCUUGGGUUCGGAAACCAGGGCGCAGCACAGGCCCAGAAUCUGCGCGAUUCGGGCAUUCCCAACGAGAAGAUCAUUGUUGCGAACCGGGCCGACUCCUACGCCGAGGACGCGAAGUCGAAGGGUUUUAACGUUGUCAGCGACUUUGGCGCAGCUGCCAAGGAUGCGGAUGUCGUCUUCCUCCUCAUCCCUGACCAGGUCCAGCCCCGCGUCUUCAACACGGAGGUGGCUCCGAACCUGAAGGACACGGCCGCCAUUGUGGUUGCCAGUGGAUACAACGUGUUCUUCAAGCUGCUGAACUUCAAGCCCACGCAAGACGUGAUUAUGGUUGCCCCUCGGAUGAUCGGUUCUUCGGUCCGGAGUUUGUAUGUCAAGGGCAAGGGCUUCCCGUGCUUCAUCUCGUCGGAACAGGAUGGCACUGGCAAGGCGCUGGAGAUCGCUCUUGCACUUUCGCGUGCGAUUGGCGCCACUAAGGCUGGGGCCAUUGCUUCGUCGGUGCGCGAGGAGACCGCCAUGGACCUGUUCGCGGAGCAGGCGCUAUGGCCGAACGUCAUCAUGCUCUUCAGAGAAGCGUUUAGCGUUCUCAAGGAGGCUGGAUGCUCGGACGAGGCUCUCUGCUACGAGAUGUGGAUGUCGAAGGAGCCCGCUGAGAUCUUUGAGCGUGCGGCCGAGGAUGGGUUCAUCCAACAGCUCAAGCACCACUCCACGGUCUCGCAAUACGGCCAGCUGAACGGCGCUCUGAAUCUGGACGGUUCCGCGAUGCGAGAACACUUCAAGAACAUCUUGUACAACCAGGUCUUGAACGGCAAGUUCUGCAAAGAGUUCAGUGCGAUUGAGGAAGACUUGGAGAAGGAGGGCGAUGCAAACCCUCUCAACGUUCUGUACCAGAAAUCGGAGGCAUCCGAGCUGGGUCAGGCAGAGAAGAGGGUACGGGCAAGGCUUGCGGGGCUCCUGUGA